GUCAAAUGAGGAUGUGAAAUUGCAGUAAUAGUAGGUUAUUUCCGGUUGUUUCAGUUUCUGGUGAGAGUUUUGUUUUCUUUGUUUUUCUCUAACAAAGUAAUUAAUUGUAUAUUGUAGUUACUACUUACUCCCUUCUGGGUUCUUCAUUUUCCUCAAAAAGUGUGAUUUUUGAAGUGAGUUUGUUUUUGGAAUUUGGAGUAAAUCUAUUUGAGCAAUUUUCAAAAACCAAGAGUAUUCGUUACUGGGAUGUGAAUUUGAAGGCAAAAAUGAAAUCUUUCAGUGGUUUGGGUAUUGGUUUGAGCCUAGUUUUUGGUUGCCUUCUCUUAGCUCUUGUUGCAGAGUUAUAUUAUGUGUUAUGGUGGAAGAAGAGAAUCACACACAGACAAGAUAUAGAAGCUGACUACAGCAACCAUGCAAAGGAGUUAAUUAAACUUUUCUGCUGGAAAAAACCCUCUUCUUUACAUAGUACCAAUACUCAUCAAGAUAGAGAGCCAGACCAUAGUACCAAUACUCAUCAAGAUAGAGUGCCAGGCCACCCAGUUGCUAAUGCGCAUGAACCAGACCCUGAGUUAGGGACAAGCAAAGAUUUGUUAAUAAAAGCUUUAGGAGAUGAAAGUGAAGUUGCAGAGCUCAUGAGACUUCACAAUCUAGCUGGGCCUCCAAGAUUUCUCUUCACAAUCAAAGAGGAAACAAAGGAAGAUAUGGAGUCUGAUGAUGGGAAAUCUCGAGGAGGUGAUAGAAGCAGAAAAGGUUCCAGAGCAAAAAGCUUGAGUGAUCUUUUAGUUACAGUCGACUCCCCAUUUUUAACUCCUUUGGCUUCUUCACCACUCAAGUCUCCUUUGAAUCCUUUGGAUUCUUAUCACCACCGUGGAUUCAACCCUCUUUUUGAAUCAUCAGGAGCAGCUGGCUUGAAUGGAUUGAGGUCUUCCCCUCCUCCAAAGUUCAAGUUUCUGAGAGAUGCUGAGGAGAAAUUGUGGAAAAGAUUAUUGAUGGAAGAUGCUGAGAAAAGGAUUCCUAAGCAAGAGAAUUCAGUGCUUCAAGAUUCUGGUGUUAAAGCUCUUAACAUUUCAACAGAAGACACAGUAGAAGGGUCUUUUCUUAAGUUCAUUGUUGGUCAACAUUUACCGCAGUUUCCUUCAAGCACUUCUCAGGUACUUCCAUUGGCGACUUCACCAACAACAUUCAGACCACUAGACAAGAAGCCCGUUCUUCAUAAUUAGGUUGAUUCCCUUACAUAAUUAACAUGAAAUGGUUUCUGUUUAUUCUUUUUGAUUUGGUCAAUUAGUUUUUCAAGAUACUUGUGUAUUAAUCUGAGCUGCUUCUCUAAAAAUUUACUGCCCUUUCUUCUUCUU